GUUUUCAGGAACGAGACAAACAGAUGAUGACAAGAACGACUGUAUUUGAACUUGUCCAGGCUCUCAAGUUUAAGUCCACCAUUCCAGAUGAGAAUCUACUCAUGCUAGUACAGUUUGUUCUACAAGAUGUUGGUGGGUCACUGGGGUCAUCAGUUAUGUUAGGAGACUUUGUCCAUCCUUCAGAAAUACCCAGUUUGUACUCAACUGCUGCCAGUGAGUGUAUGAGGCAGAACUUACACGAUGCUUUAGAGUUUAUCACAGAUGUCCACACUUUAAGUAAAAUUAAGAGUAGUCUUCAUGGAACUUCAGCCCGUCUAAAUGAAGAAACAUUAGGUGGACAACUUAAAGCAGGUAUCGCUCAGUACCUUGCCAUUGAAAUAUCGAAAGGUAAUGGCCGUGACAACCGAGCCAUUGCAAAAUACCUACCCUGGUUGUACAACCCACCAUCAACUUUACAGCAAGGGCCCAAGGAGUUCAUAGACUGUGUGGCUCACAUCCGUCUACUUUCAUGGCUGCUGCUUGGUUCUCUAAUGCAUAGCACACUUUUACAUAGUACAACAAAUUUGGUUUGUCAGCCUGUUCCACUUGAAGCUAACUGUCAUAUUGCUGAACACAUUCAAGUUAUCUUAGCAGGAUUUGCAGAACAAUCUAAGGCUUCUGUCUUGCACAUGUCAUCAUUGUUUCAUGGAUUUAUCUUAUGUCAGCUCUGGACAAUGUACUGUGAACACAUGGUUUCAUUAAACCCACCUGGAAGUGAACAGAACACUCAGUGCUCUCUAACUCUUGCCGACUUCUGGGCCAAGGUAACGCCAGGCAUCCUGCAGCUAGUAUGUCACUCCAAAGUG